GAGAAGAAACUGAAGCCUGGAGUUUGAGUAAUUGGUUCAAGGUUACCAAGUUGGUAGAGGGACGAGGGCAGAAUCACCAGCACUGGCUGAAGCUUUUCAUAGUAAAGGUUUGCUGGCAUGGGUAAUCUCAUUAAGGUGCUAACCAGGGACAUAGACCACAAUGCAGCACAUUUUUUCUUGGACUUUGAAAAUGCCCAGCCUACAGAGUCCGAGAAGGAAAUUUAUAAUCAGGUGAAUGUAGUGUUAAAAGAUGCAGAAGGCAUCUUGGAGGACUUGCAGUCAUAUAGAGGAGCUGGCCAUGAAAUCCGAGAGGCCAUCCAGCAUCCAGCAGAUGAGAAGUUACAAGAGAAGGCAUGGGGUGCUGUUGUCCCACUAGUAGGCAAAUUAAAGAAAUUUUAUGAAUUUUCUCAGAGGUUAGAAGCAGCAUUAAGAGGUCUUCUGGGUGCCUUGACAAGUACCCCAUACUCUCCCACCCAGCACCUAGAGCGAGAGCAGGCUCUCGCUAAGCAGUUUGCAGAAAUCCUUCAUUUCACACUCCGGUUUGAUGAACUCAAGAUGACAAAUCCUGCCAUACAGAAUGAUUUCAGCUAUUAUAGAAGAACAUUGAGUCGUAUGCGGAUUAAUAACGUUCCAGUAAGUUAACACAUUGAAUUAGGGGUGGUAAUAAUAACUCAUUUCUCAGUUCAAGUUCUUCUUUUAUUUGUUCAUUUGCUCAUUCAUUCUGAUAAAAUUAAAGCCAGUAAGUAAUCUGUG